AUGAAACUCUGCUCUGAGGAAGGCUGUGCAUAUUCUUAUAAAAACAUAACUGCAUUGCAAACACGAGAAUUAAAUAUAAGUGUUAUGCACGCGUACUAUAAGGCUACCAAAGGAGGAACCAAUCUUACAUCUUAUCACCCUAAAAUGCUUUCUGAAUUCCAACAGCUACAGCCCAACCCCACAAACUUAACUGCCCAAAGACUUUCAGAUCAAGUACGUGUCAUUCUAAAUCAUAAGAUUUUGGACGACAGAUUACUUGAACAACUUUGCAGUGAGUACUCAACAUCUACUAUCAAUUCAAUUCCUGAUUCCCAACGAACACUUCCAGGUGAGACUGAUGACUUAAAUGUUAAUAACAGUAACCAUAAUAUAAAUAUUACUAACUUAAACAACGAAAAAGUAGAGCAAAAUUGUUUUGAUAUAAAUGUGAGUUCCCAGGACAGCGAAUAUAUGAGAAGGACUUUUGAAUGUUUCCUUCUGGAAUAUAAAAAUACACCUAUAGAAAAUAGACCGAAACUACCUAAACUUCCUAACAACAAAAAAACUAUAUUAACAGUAGCAUCAAUGAAUAUUCUAUGUAAAGAUUUUUUUGAAAAAAGUAAUUAUAUUUUGGAAACUAUGUCUCUUCUAUACUGUUGUGCCCAUGCUGUAUGUAUGAUUAUGAAAAUUCCUGUCAUUUAUGUAAAAAAAUUUAAGAAAAAUAAAACAGAACUUAAGUGGAAACAAAGGAUUCAAAAACGAAUUGACAAUACUCGCAAAAUUAUAGGAAAAUUAAUAAGCUACCAAACAGGUAACAGGCGUAAAAAAAUAAUUAGUUUAGUAAAUCAAAUCGCUAAUGAAAAUGAUAUUAGCCAAUUAGAUCCCCAUUUUUCGGAUAAAAUUACUGAGUACAUUGAUAGGCAAAAACAAAAGUUAAAAGCAUGGGCUAACCGUAUUAGACGAUAUUCAGAAAGAUCUAAACGGUACUUCCAGAAUCGCACAUUCGAAAGUAACCAAAAGUGGGUGUAUCGGUCUUGGCAGAACAAUACAACUAAUAGUUGUACUCAUGGCAGCCCAAGCUUAAUUGAAUGUCUAAAUUUUCGGAAAAGUAUGUGGUCUAGCGAAGUUUCGCCUAAUGAAGGCGAGUGGAUUCGUGCAACCGAACGUAAGUUUUCUAAUUUGGCUAACAUGGGUUCUAUCUCAAUUACUGCUGAAGACGUAUACUCAAUUACUCGUAGAUCACACAAUUGGAAGUCACCUGGACCAGAUGGUAUACACAACUUUUGA